CACAACAAAGAUGGCGUCUGGACUCGCGUUUACAGGGGGGAGGAUAAAGUGACAGCGACCUCUACUCGAGUCUCCAGCGCUUCUCCGUCCAUUUCUUCACUUUCCCUCCCACUCCUGCGUCGCUGUGGCCCCGCGUCUCUUUUAUACUCACCCCUUCAUCUGGUCGACAUGUCGGAGUACAGCACGGCUCCGCCGCCCGGCCCCGGCUCCGGGGCUCCUCUCGGCGGACAGGCGGCUCUAGGGAACGGUGCAGCGGGCAUCAAGAAAGAUGCGUUCGCGGACGCGGUGCAGCGGGCCCGGCAGAUUGCAGCUAAGAUUGGGGGUGAUGCUGGUCCUCCCGUGAACAACAACGCUGCAUCAGAUGGCUUUCCAUUCACUGCACCGAAACGACAGCUGGAGGAUGCAGAUGAACCAGAGAGUAAGAAAUUGGCUGCACAAAGUGACUUGGAUUCAGCAAAGGCACUAUCUAUUGGUGCACAGCUUGCUGCUCUUGCGCAACAAAGGCCUGCUUCCACCACGGAGGAGUACAAUGUUCCUGACAGCAUGGUGGGACUCAUUAUUGGCCGUGGAGGUGAACAGAUCAAUAAAAUACAACAGGAGUCAGGUUGCAAGGUUCAGAUAGCUCCAGACAGUGGAGGCCUUCCAGCGAGGAGUGUCUCUCUCACUGGUUCCCAGGACUCGAUACAGAAAGCUAGGGUGCUGUUGGAUGAGAUAGUGUCACGAGGGAGGGGCACACCCCCUUCUUCUUAUCACGAGUCUACCAAUGGGCAGAAUGGCACUGUUCAUGAGAUGAUGAUUCCAGCUGGCAAGGCCGGCCUUGUCAUUGGCAAGGGAGGAGAGACUAUCAAACAGCUACAGGAGCGUGCAGGAGUAAAGAUGAUCCUGAUCCAGGAUGCCUCUCAGGGACCUAAUGUUGACAAACCCCUGCGUAUUAUUGGAGAUCCAUACAAAGUCCAGCAAGCUCAGGAAAUGGUGGAGGAGAUUCUAAGGGAGAGAGAUCACGCCGGCUUCAGUGAACGAAAUGACUUCAGCUCCCGAAUGGGAGGUGGCAUGGAUAUCCCAGUACCGCGACACUCAGUCGGUGUUGUCAUUGGACGCAACGGAGAAAUGAUCAAGAAAAUCCAGAAUGAUGCUGGAGUUCGGAUACAGUUCAAACAAGAUGAUGGGACAGGUCCAGAUAAGAUUGCACACAUCAGUGGGCCUCCUGACUGCUGCGAACAUGCCGCCCAGAUCAUCAACGACCUGUUGCAGAGCAUCAGGGUCAGGGAGGAGGGACAGGGGGGUCCCCCUGGUCCUCCAGGCAUGCCUGCAGGCAACAGGGGCAGAGGUGGCGGACAAGGCGGCUGGGGUCCCCCAGGAGGGGAAGUGACCUUCUCUAUUCCUGCCCACAAGUGUGGGCUAGUGAUUGGCCGGGGAGGAGAGAAUGUCAAGUCCAUCAACCAGCAGACAGGGGCAUUUGUGGAAAUCUCACGACAGCCUCCCCCCAACGGAGACCCCAACUUCAAGCUGUUCAUCAUCAGGGGCUCACCGCUGCAGAUCGACCACGCCAAGCAGCUCAUUGAGGAAAAGAUUGAAGGUCCUUUGUGUCCUGCUGGUCCAGUGGGUCCCUACAACCCCAACCCAUACAACCCUGGACCGCCUGGGGCCCCUGGACCACCACAUGGUGGUCCUCCAGGUCCUCACCAGUACAGUCCUCAGGGCUGGAGCAACACCUACCAGCAGUGGCAGCCCCAGGCAUCCCACGACCCCAGCAAGGCAGCAGGCAAUGACCCUAACGCAGCCUGGGCGGCCUACUAUGCUCAGUACUACCAGCAGCCGUCAGGGGCUGUGCCGACCCAGUACCCUGCAAACCCAACUGGAGGAGCCCAAACAUCAGCCGACCAGACCCAGCCCGCACAGACUCCAGGGGGGCAGCCAGACUACACCAAGGCCUGGGAGGAGUACUACAAGAAGAUGGCCCAGACAGGUGGCUCCGUCCCUGGGUCUGCAGCCGCAGCUCCAGGAGCAGCAGGGGCAGCAGCCUCCACAACGGGAGGUCAGCCGGACUAUAGCGCAGCCUGGGCCGAGUACUACAGGCAGCAGGCUGCGUACUAUGGACCGACAGGACAGACUCCUGGGCAGCCAGCCCCUCCCCAGCAAGGACAGACGCAGUGAGAGUUCAUAGCAGAAAGUCUCAACCUGGAGAGAAUCAAGAAGACAGGAUGAGGAGGACAACCCCGAACUUUGAGCCAAGAUCUAUGCUGUUAAGUUUUAUUUUGUUUUCAUUUUUUAUUUGUUCCAAGUGAAAGUCCAAAUCCUCCCCACCACCAAACAUCACUUGCUUUUUAAUAAAAAUGUGAACCGAGCAGACGUUCUCGUGCUUUGCUCCUGAGGGAAGGGAUAAGACUGAUGAUGCCAUCACGGCAGGGACACGCAGCUUUUUAAAACCUCUACAUACAUUUACAUAUGCCAUUAUAAACAAUGGAAGCCUUGAAACGCCAAUACAUCCAUCUCAUAUAUCUUUUAUUAUCAUCCAUAAGAAAACUAAGUCUCAUUUUAAGCCCCUAAUCUUUAUAUAUCAGUGGUAUAUUUACUGAAAUGCACAGAGCUAUUAAAACUCCAAUCACCUUGUGUAUUUGGUAAAGUAAGAAAUCACUGAAAUACUUUUUAAAGCUAAUUUGUUUGCUUAUUGUUGUGAAUCAGUUUUUCUUAUUCAGUUUCCUAACAAUAUUUUUUGUACUGAGUAAAAACUGAAUUCUACAAUGUUAUUUUGUGCUUGUGGGAUGAAUAAUAAUGAUUAUAGAAAUCAGGAUUUAAGAGGUUUUACUUUGAAGACUGUUGGACUAAAUACUAUGUGCUCAAAGAUUGUAGAAGGUUUCUUUAAUUACUUUUGGUUGAAGGAAAGAACAAUCUUAAGGUAAUGCUUAAUUUUUGCUUUGGAUGAAAAUAUGUUUGGGUCAUUUUGCCAUUUUUGCUUCCCUCUGUUCAUUUUGUAGUUUUUAUGCACCUUUACUUCAUCUUCAAAUAUCCAUUUAGGGUUAGAAACAAAAAAAUGCCGGCUUACUGUGGAUGGAGGGCCAAGAUGCUAAGAAAAAAAGAUUUACAACUUGCUCAGCUUUGUGUUUUAUAUUACUUGGAGAACUCUAGAGAUUGUCAGGCCUUUUAAAGCCAACAUAUGCUUAUGGUGGGUUUUCACCUUGAAGCAACUGCAUAUGUCUUUUUCAGGUAGUGAUGCAGAGGUUCUGUCGCCCUCUGUAGGUCUACAAUGGGAAUAUUUUGCAUAUGGCAACAUUGAAACCAUCCACUUGAGGCUGCAUGUUAUUGCUUUGAACUGUUUGUUUAGUUUGAAGAAUGUCAAUGAGAAUCUGAUGAUUGUUUAGCACACAGCUGUCGUUUGUGUGCAAAAUAACAACAUUUUGUCUUCCAGUUUGUCCCAUUUCAAGUUAUAUUACAUAUGUACAUAUAUUCAGCAAUAGAAAAAAGCUGUUGAAUUUGACUGUCGGUAUCAGGUAUGAUUCUUGUACUCUGAGCGCCUCCCUCUGGGCAACAGUGUUGAUAUUGUUAAUAAAUGACCACCAGCAGCAAUACUCUGAAUUAAAAUGGGGCAUAUGUCAA